CACCGUCCUAACAAGAAGAUCAAGUCGAGAGGCAGACUUCACGGACCAUCGAACUUCCCACCAGAAUUCUGGGACAACCUGUCCAAAGUUCCGCUUACGCGUCGUGCACUGCGAGAACUCGACCGGCGGAAUAGCACUCAGCCUGCCCUAGGGCCCGCGGUACCUGCAGUGUGCACCGCAUAUCUUGCCCGGUUCGCGAGACACGGCGGCCCAGAUCUUCGCCAUCUUCGAGCGUGCCACGAACCGAAAGGCGCUGUACAUACUAUGGCGUCCAGCCGGCCCACCGCGCGGCGGUCCCCCACCCUCCUCCCGCAAGCGACUCCUCCUCCUCCUCCUCCUUUUCCUCCCUCUGCUCCUACUACCACUUCUCCGAAGAAGAAAGGAUGCGUAUGGCGGUAGAUACAGCCACGAGGAGGCCUACAACCGCGCCAAGCUCGCGGCCGUCUACCUCGCCAACAAGAUUGAGCGCGAGUUCGGCGGGGCGCUGCUGCAACUGCAUCUGCAAUGCCACCAGCGUGCACCCGGGUGCCGUCGGCGACACCGCCAUCGGGCGCCACGUGAGCCCCGAGUUCCGCGCGCGCAUCAUGGCGGACCCGUACGUCCGCAAGAUCCUGAAGUCACCCGAGCAGGGCGCCGCGACGACCGUCUGGGCUGCUGUGGGCCGCGAGUGGACGGCUAGGGGCGGCAGGUACUUGGAGGAUGUCGCGGAGGCGCGGCGGGGCGAGGAUGACGGGCUGGUGUUUGGCGUUGGGUGGGUGAGGCAGACGUAUAACCCUGAGGAGGAGGACCGGCUGUGGGAGGAGUCGCUGAGGAUGGUGGGUCUGGCUGAGUGAGGGUGUUGUGGUUACUUUGGUGACGUGGAUGCCUGGUCGGAUACUACCUGCCUUACCUGCUAUGGGCAUUGUCGACGUGGGGGGGAAUUGUUGGAUUGCGACAUUGCUACUGGUAGUGCUGAGGUACCUUAUAAAGCUGCCCCUAUA